UUAAACUCGACACUCAUCCGUCUGCGCGCGCGCGUGUGUCUGUGUGCGUGUGUCGGUAUGUAGAGCUGUAAGCGCGCGCUGGGAUGGCGAGAAACAGCCCGGUACCGUCUGCUUUUUACGGUGAGCCACAGAAGUUUGACCCGACAUUCAAGGGCCCUGUCCAUAACAGAAGCUGCACGGACGUGCUGUGCUGUUUGCUCUUCAUCGUCGUCAUCCUCGGCUACGCUGCACUCGGCAUUGUGGCCUGGACACAUGGAGACCCCAGGAAAGUGAUCCAUCCUACUGACAGCUCAGGAGACUUCUGCGGGCAGAAAGGCACGAGCAACGCUAAGAAACCCAUCCUGUUCUACUUCAACAUCCUGAAAUGUGCGAAUCCUGCUGUUUUGAUAAACCUGCAGUGUCCCACCACUCAGAUGUGUGUUUCGACGUGCCCGGACCGCUUCGCCACGUACACGGACGUGCGGCUCCAACACGCCUUCAACAGGAGCCACUGGGAAUAUUACAGGCAGUUCUGCAGGCCGGGAUUCAACGAUCCAAAGAAGGCUGUGGCUCAUGUGCUGCGUGAUGAAGACUGUCCGUCUGUGAUUGUGCCCAGCAGACCAUUUUUCCAGCGAUGCCUUCCGGACUUAACGACGAGGAACGGCACGCUGACGGUUGCCAACAGAACGGCUUUUAAGGACGCACUAGAUACAGCGAGGAGUGUGAGUGAACUCAGGGACGCAGCUGAUGGUAUAACAGCUCUGCUGGAGGCCAAGCAGUUUGGCAUGAAGAUCGUGGAAGACUACGCCAACUCCUGGGCCUGGAUCCUUACAGGGUUAAUUCUAGCACUGAUCAUCAGUUUGAUCUUUAUCCUGCUCCUGCGCUUCACUGCUGCCCUCCUGCUCUGGUUCACUAUCAUCGCCGUCUUCCUGCUUGUAGCCUACGGAAUCUGCCGUUGUUACUGGGAGUUCACUCUCCUUAGGGAGACUCCAGAAGCAGACGUCAGCAUCACGGACAUGGGCAUCCAGACGAACCUACACGUCUACCUGCAGCUCAGCCAGACGUGGCUCGUUUUCUUGGUCUCUCUAGUACUAACUGAAGCCUCCAUAGUUUUAAUGCUGGUCUUCCUGAGGAAGAGAGUGUGCAUCGCUAUCGCUCUGCUGAAAGAGGGCAGCAAGGCUAUCAGCUACAUCAUGUCUGCGUUAUUCUACCCAAUCAUCACUUUCGUGAUGCUGGCUGUUUGUAUCUCUUACUGGGCCAUUAUAGCUGUUUUUUUGGCUUCGUCCGGGGAAGCUGUGUACAAAGUGAUGUCAGUGCAGCCCAACUGCAAACAUGCCAACCUGACCUGCAGUCCAGACACGUUCAACAGGACCAACAUCACUAAGCAGUGUCCUGGAGCUCAGUGUCUCUUCGCAUUCUAUGGUGGCGAGAGCAUGUAUCACCGCUACAUCUUCCUCCUGCAGCUGUCCAACCUGUUUGUCUUCCUCUGGUUGGUUAAUUUCACCAUUGCACUGGGUCAGUGUACACUUGCCGGAGCCUUUGCUUCCUACUACUGGGCCAAGAGGAAACCUGAAGAUAUACCAUCAUGCCCGGUUUUCGCUUCCUUUUUCCGGGCUGUACGGUAUCACACCGGGUCUCUGGCUUUCGGGUCACUGAUAUUAGCUUUCGUCCAGUUCAUACGGAUUGUACUCGAGUACCUGCACCACAAGCUCAAAGGCACUCAUAAUGUGUUUGCUCGCUUCCUGCUCUGCUGUUUAAAAUGCUGCUUUUGGUGCCUGGAGCGUUUUAUUCGCUUCAUGAACAGGAAUGCCUACAUCAUGAUUGCUAUCUAUGGAAAGAGUUUCUGCACAUCAGCUCGGGAAGCUUUCUUUUUGUUAAUGAGGAAUGUUGUGAGGGUAACUGUGUUGGACAAGCUGACAGAUUUCCUGCUCUUCUUAGGGAAAAUUCUCAUAACAGGGAUUGUUGGUGUUAUUGCCUUCUAUUUCCUCACACACAAAAUCCCAAUCAUUCAGGAAGAAGUUCCAGUUCUGAAUAAUUACUGGGUGCCUCUGCUGACGGUCGUGUUCGGCUCGUACCUGAUCGCACACGGCUUCUUCAGCGUCUAUGCAAUGUGCGUGGACACACUGUUCCUGUGUUUCUGUGAGGACCUGGAGAGGAACGACGGAACGACGGCGAAACCUUUCCUCAUGUCUCCCGGGUUGCGUGGAAUUCUGAGAAGCGUGGAUCAAAGCCCCGGGAAAUCCCGAGCAGCGCUGCAUCAAUGCAGCGUUGAAGAAUAGCUUUACUCCUCCUCCUAGCUCGCAUGCUUUAACUCUUUAUCUCCUCCUCUUCCUCCUCCUCUUACUGAGGAAGGGGUGCUGGCCGCUACGUCCUGUACUGUAACCCGACUCUGAUGCACUAAGACUGUGAGAAACACUAAGCAUUUACUUUCACCAGAGGAGACUUGAGGUGUAUGCACACACACACACACACACACACAACACACACAGGUUCAGUCCAACUGCCUUAUUCACAAGCGUCUAGCGUUUACAGGACCUUUUUGCGACAUCUAGCUUGACCUGAGUUCUGAUCGUUUAUUUAGAGCGGAAUAAACAAGGACAUUUUUAUAUUUUA